ACUUCUUUUGCGCUCAUGGGUUGUCUUUGUCUUCCAUCUUCACUUGUGCUGGAAAUUCAAGCAGAGAGACCCAAACAGAUUCGUUCAACUUCAACAUGGGUCUCGUGGGUAUUCUCAUGUUUGCGCUGAAUUUCCUUCACCUUCUUGCAUGGCCUCUAUUGGCUUUGGGGUAUCCUCUAUUUGCUUCGAUCCGGGCAAUUGAAAGGGAUUCAAAUUGGGAGACAAAGAAGUUGGUGACAUAUUGGAUUUCCUUCUCUUUGCUUUCACUCUUUGAUCAUUCUUUCGUCAACCUCCUUCAAUGGAUAAAGUUCUGGCGUCAUAUUAAGUUAAUGAUCAUUUGCUUGCUGGUUAUACCCUAUUUCAAUGGUGCUUUUUACGUCUACAAUCACCUUGUUCGUCCAUACCUCUUACUUAACCCACAAGUUAUUGUUGAUGAAUUCCGUAAGUGGAUGGUGCUCUUAUGCAAGAGAGAUCAAUUUCUAGCUGAGGCAGAGAGAUAUAUCAAAGGGAAUGGACCUAAAGCUCUUGAGAAACUCAUUGAUAAAGAGUUUGAGACCCAAAAGCCUAAUGUUGACGUGGAAGAGAUCAAAGCUAUUGCAACUGCUACAGAGAAAAAAGAAGUGGAGUGGUCAAAUGAGUACAAUGAUCCAUCCCUGCGGGAAGAAUUAUUUCCAGCAAUCAUUGAUGGAUCAUACAGCAAAGAACCUGAUAUACUGGAGAUAGAUAAUAAAGCUGUGGAAGUAACAGAGAAAAAGGAAGUGCCUGCAGCCAACCAGUUAACCACUGAAAGUGAAAAAACAUUGAAUAUACACCUUCAAGAGAAGAAACACAAGGCUACUUAUGAGGCAUUGAAAGCAAAGAACCAGUCGAACAUUAUCAAUUUUGGGUCUGUUUUACCGGUAUUGGCUUCAACUAUAAAGACAACUUAUCAGCCGAUGGAGAAUCCACAAAAGAUUGAAUCUACCAAUGGAUUUAGAGGGAGCACUACUACAAAUCAUGAUGAAAAAGGGCAAGGCCAGCCAAAGAGUGUCUUGUCUUCAACUGCAAAGGAAUCUAAUCAGCCCACAAAACAGAUUUUUGUACCGGAGCGUAGUCUCGAUCCAACUGAUAACAGAACAUCAACCACUAUGGAGAUUGAAGGACCAGAUGUGGCAGUUGCAGCACCCAGAGAACUUCCUGAUAUACACGUGUUUAAGGAAGUUCAAAAAGAGUGGACUUGUGCUAUAUGUCAGGUAACCACAACAAGCAAAAUAACCUUGAAUAUGCACCGUAAAGGGAAGAAACACAAGGCCACUAUUGAGGCACUGAAAGCAAAGAAACAGACAAACUUUGGAUUGAAACAAAAGAUUAUCCUUACUGACAAGGAAAAAACACAAGGCCAGCAAAAGAAUGCGAAGAAAGAAGCUAUUUUUGUGAAGAAUUCCACUUUCAAGUGCUACAUCUGUAAUGUAAACUGCACUGGGAAGGUCGACUUGGAUUCUCACUUAAGAGGGAAAAAGCACUUGGAGCAGGUUCAAGUACUAAUGGGAAAAAUUGGGUGAACUUUAGGUGAUUGCACCAGCUAAAGUUGACUCACAGCUGAUAAACUUUAUUUUGGAUUAUGUUGAAUUGAUGUAUUUGCAUCAGCAUACCAAUACUAGAUGUGAAAUGGCACUGAAAUAGGAUUUCGUUGUGAACCAUCUGUUAAAAAUGUACCAAAAUUUAGAAAUAACAUUUGUGGUUGCAUAUGAGAAUAC